GGUCGCCAUUGCUUUUCGCGGCCGCUGGGCUAUUUCGUUUUGCGGUCGGCGAUGGAUGAUAGUUUGGUUAUUAAAUUAUUUGGUGCUGUGCAACCCAUAUUGGACGCCGUAUACACAUAGUUCUACACAAGCCGUCCGGCACAAGAUAACAGCAACUACGGCGCACCAAUUUCCGCGGUCUUCAUCGCGGCACAUAUUUCAGUCUCCAGCCCGGUUUGACCAGAGUUUGACGGAAGGCACUGAAGGAGUAUUCAUGACGAAAAAUGAGUUUUAGCAGCGAUGAAGUCAAUUUUCUUGUCUACCGGUAUCUGCAAGAAUCGGGUUUCGUUCACUCCGCCUACACCUUCGGCAUCGAAAGCCACAUCAGUCAGUCCAAUAUCAAUGGGGCUCUGGUUCCUCCUGCUGCAUUGCUGUCCAUUAUUCAGAAGGGUCUUCAGUAUACAGAGGCUGAAAUCAGCAUUGGAGAGGAUGGCUCAGAGCGAAUGAUUGAGUCCCUCUCUCUGAUCGAUGCCGUCAUGCCUGAUGUGGUGGCAUCACGGCAGCAGCAGGCCCAUAACAACAAGAAUGCAGUAGUUAAGGCAGAGCCAAGCAACACCAAUGGCGAGGAUACUACCCACAACUUUGGCGGAACAAAUCAUAACGAAGCGAUGGAAGUCGAGGCCAGUGUGGAAAUUCCGAGCAGCCGGGCAACGAUACUCAAAGGUCACGAGUCGGAAGUGUUCAUCUGUGCGUGGAAUCCGACGUCUGAUCUCUUGGCAUCUGGGUCCGGGGACUCGACAGCCCGCAUCUGGAAUAUGAAUGACAACAGUCCCAGCCCUAACCAACUAGUGCUGAGGCACUGCAUACAGAAAGGAGGCACUGAGGUGCCCAGCAACAAGGAUGUCACCUCGCUUGACUGGAAUUCUGAUGGCACCCUGCUGGCCACGGGAUCAUACGAUGGGUUCGCUCGAAUAUGGACGACAGAUGGUCACCUGGCAAGCACUUUAGGGCAGCAUAAAGGCCCCAUAUUUGCGCUCAAGUGGAACCGCAAGGGAAACUACAUUCUCAGUGCCGGUGUUGACAAGACGACCAUAAUCUGGGAUGCAAGCACAGGGCAGUGCACGCAGCAAUUUGCAUUCCACACAGCACCUGCUCUGGAUGUGGAUUGGCAGAGCAACACGAGCUUUGCCUCUUGUUCGACAGACCAGUGCAUUCAUGUGUGCAAGCUCGGUGCUGAUAAGCCUGUCAAGACAUUCACGGGCCACACCAAUGAGGUGAACGCCAUCAAAUGGGAUCCCCAGGGGGCACUGCUGGCCUCGUGCUCAGAUGACAUGACUCUCAAGAUAUGGAGCAUGAAGCAGGACACUUGUGUGCACGACCUGCAGGCACACAGCAAAGAGAUUUACACCAUCAAGUGGAGCCCCACGGGGCCUGGGACAAACAACCCUAACAUGAGUCUCAUCCUUGCCAGUGCAUCAUUUGACUCAACUGUGCGCCUCUGGGAAGUGGAGCGAGGGGUCUGCCUGUACACACUUACGAAGCACACAGAGCCAGUGUACAGUGUGGCCUUUAGCCCAGAUGGCAAGUUCCUGGCCAGUGGGUCCUUUGACAAGUGCGUCCACAUCUGGUCUACACAGAGUGGCAACUUGAUCCACAGCUAUAAAGGCACAGGUGGCAUCUUUGAGGUGUGCUGGAAUCAGCGGGGAGACAAAGUUGGUGCCAGUGCAUCUGAUGGUUCGGUGUUUGUUCUUGACUUGCGGAAGUUAUAAUGGAGCCCUGCUGCUGUGCCUUGCUGCUUUGGAGCAGAGGUGGUUGAACUGUGGAGACAUCCCAGUGAUCGCAGCCCCAGGGUUGGCCCCCAUUUUUGUGCACCUUGGCGAGCGCACAUGCGUGGCUGCAUGGCAGCCUGCUGUUGAAACAUGUUUGUCUGUGUGCCUUGGCUUUUUGACAAAUGCAGCCAGAGCUGCAGGCACUAAGAUUACCCAUACAAAUCUGUUGUUCAUCAUGUUAAGAUGGGAACUGAAGGGGCCCGAGGUGGGUGUUGUUUCGCUUAUUGUAAAUAAUGUUGACGUUUCUAAUGGGAGGAGGGUUAAUCAAUGUAUUCUUUUAACUUCAUGUAGAUACAUUCAUGUGUACAUGAUUCCUCCAAAACAUUGUCGUUUAAUUAAAAAAACGUCGGCCUGUACAGUCAACUGGUGCCGUCUCAAGGGUGCCCAACAGAAUCAGUGUUGCAGGUGUGCAAGGCAGAUAAGAUUUAUUGCAAUUCAUGCUGAGUGAUAAUUGGUAUGCACAAAAAAUAAUGCACCUGCGACUCUUAGUGACCUAAGGCAAAUAAAUUACUUUACCUUGG